AUGACGUUGACGUUGCGGUUUUCCGACAUGGCAAAGGGUUCCUCUCUCUCAUCCCCGAGCCGGGUGAUAUUAUUCGCCCUGCUUGGCGCCUUCAUCUACAAGGCAGAACUCCCUCGGGUGACGCGUCUUCUGGGGAUCUGGCGGGAGAAUCGCAGCACAGUGAUUGCCAAUGCCAACGACCUCCACGUCUUUCCAGACACCAUCUACUGCGAAGACAUCCACCACCACGAGCCGAGCGGCUUGCUGUUCACGGCGUGCGAAGCCACCGAGAGCCUCAGGUACUCCUGGUUUCCCGGACUGAGCCAUCUCAAUGACCCCGUUGCUGCCUCCGAGUCGCAAGGCACAAUCGACGUCAUCGACCCCCAAUCCAUGACGGCAAAGAAGCUCAAGUUUACCAACUUCGACGGUGCCUUCAUCACCCACGGCAUUGACGUCAUCGACGACCCCGACCAAGAAAAAGGCAAGGCGGUGUACAUAUUCGCCGUCAACCACGUCCCCAGUGCCGCGUACGUCGAAAACGAAAACACAAAGGAGCCCAAGGCCCGCUCCCGGAUCGAAGUUUUCCACCAUGUAAUCGGCAGCGACACGGCCCGCCAUGUUCGCUCGGUGUGGGAUCCGCUCAUCACCACCCCCAACGACAUUCUCGCCGUGUCCCCCACCGCCUUCUUCGUCACCAAUGACCACUACUACAGAGAGGGACUGAUGCGACUCGUCGAGGAUAUCUUCUUCGGCGCCAAGUGGACCAACACCAUCUACGUCGAAUUUUCCAACUCGGCAGAUGGCGCGUCCCGCAAUGGCCGCGGGGCGGUCAAUGCUUCCGUUGCCAUCAGCGGCGUGCAUAACAACAACGGCCUGGGGCAUGGCCCGACCCCCGACCAGGCCCUCGUCGUCAGCUGCGUGAGCGGCAGGCUUCGAGUCGGCGACAUUUCUGCGCCAAAGGACGGAAAGGGCCCCAAGACUAUAAGCUUGAGGGAAACCCUGGAAUUCGAUUCCCUCGUCGACAAUCCCAGCUGGUUUCGCGACCCGUACGCAAAACCCGGCCAAGACUUCAGCGGCAUCGUGGUGCCGGGUCUCACCAGCGCCGCAUCCUUACUCAAGACGCACAAUGAUCCCAACGGGCAAGACGGCAGUGUGGUUUGGAUGGUGAAUCGCAUUGGCGGCAAGUGGCAAAAGAGAGUUUUGUUCGAAGACGACUCGAGACGAUUACGAGCAGCAAGCGCCGCCGUCUUGGUCGCCAUCGACCCCAAGCAAGAGCAAGGCAAACGCAAGGCUUGGUUGUUUGUGACUGGCUUUUUGUCCAAGAACACGAUAGCGGUCAAGAUAGAUUUGUAG